AUGUAUGACGGUAUUUCGAAGUUGGAACUGCCCGAAGGAGCGAUAGUUAUUAGUUUUGCAAACGACGCCGGAAUGACUAUCGUGGCCUUAGAUAUUGAAGAAAUGGAGCUUCGCACAAACGAGGCAAUUAUUGAAAUCAGAUCCGGGGUUGCUACAUUGUUGGGAAAAAUGUUUACGAAUAAGCGAAUUCGUAAUAUCGUACCAUUUCGAGGUGAACCGGGAACAUUAGUUUCGUUCAUCGGCACUAUCGACGGAGUAGUUAGUGAAUUCGGAGGCAGGGAGAACGAGGUGUACAACAUAGUGUACAAUGAAAAAAUAACGGGAGCUGCAAAGGAUUUUCUUGCAGCAGAUUUUCCAGUUUCAUGGGAGUUGUGUAAGCAGCGGUUAAGAUCGCAUUUUCGACCAGCAAAGGAGUGGGCAGUGAUAUCUAAGGAGAUUACAAAUAUCAAGGCCAUACUACUACUAAUACUCAUGACAACAACAACUCAAGCAGGAUUAUUAACGACAUCAAUCGAUGAACAAUGGGGAUAUUUGAAAUUGAAAGUUAAAACCGUUCAAAUUGUCAACGAGACUAACACUAUUUUGCAUGUAAUCAAUCCAGAAGAAAUUUUAAAAACAAUAGUUGAAAUAAGAGUAAAUUUGAAACAUUUAGAUUUUGAAAACAGAAAUAUAAUUGAUAGAGAAAUUGAUACGGUAGUUGCUAAAACAAAAUCAAUUAUGCCAUAUCGGAAUAUUUAA